GGCGCCCAGAAGUUUCCAGCCGAGCAGCUGCCCUGCGUCUCUCCUCCGCCUCCUCCCCGUUUUCCUCCACCUUGGGGCGGAGCUGCUAUUUCCAGACACUUCCACCCCCUUCUAUGUCCCCUCCCUCUCCCCAUUGAGCGAUAAAGGUGGCCGGCCGACUGGGUUCCCUUGGUUGACUCUCUGGUGCAUGGCCCGGCAAGUGGCUGUUCUUCGGUUUCUGCGCUUCCUAGAUCUAACCGGUGCGCCCCGCUGCCCUAUCUGGCACGCAGCAUGAGUGCGGCCGCUCAGUCCCCCACCAUGGUGCAGACGGAGACAGGCGGAGGCGAGAGGGAGCCCCUACCUCCGGGCUGGGAAGUGAAGAUAGACCCACAGACCGGGUGGCCUUUCUUUGUGGAUCAUAACAGCCGCACCACUACUUGGAACGACCCGCGUUUGCAGGGGGACCAUCAUUUGAAGGAAAUUCAGUCAUCAGCAAAUGGUCCAUCUCGAAAUAGUCCAAAGCAGUCCCAAGUCAGAGAAGGAAACAUGGGAUACCCAAAACUUCGUGCCGGUUACAUCCCCAUUCCAGUCAUACAUGAAGGUGCAGAUAACAGGCAGCAGUACUCAUAUUAUUCUGGCUACCAGCCUGGCAUGCAGCGAGUCAAGGCAGAAACCAUUCCUAAUACAAUGCGGUCCCCAUCACCUCUGAGGGGAAGUUUUGCCCGUCCACAAUCACCUGCUAGGGGACUCUCAGAAGCUGCCCAAACAGAUAAACAAUGUGGACAGGCAACAGCAGCUGCACCAGCCCAAGUAUCCUCCUCACAUGGAUCUGAGCAGCCUCCAUCACCUGCACCUUCUGAAUCGCCAACCAUUUCCCCUCAGCUAUCAGGCAGGCCUGGCUCGGGAAGCCACCAGCUUCCUCGUGGAUAUAUUCCUAUCCCUGUGAUCCAUGAGGGAAAUGUUCCAAGGCAACCAUCGCAAGUCUAUCAUCAGGCACAGAAGACACAUUACCCUGCCCAGCAGAGUGAUUGCCAAGCUCACCAACCAGUGUAUCACAAAAUUCAGGUUGAUGAUGUGGAUCAGAGGCCACAACAGGCGCAGUCCCCAUUCAGGAUGUCUCAGAGAGGUUCCACAAGUCGUGAAAGUUCACCAGCCAGAACCCAGUCUCCUACUCCCAUCAGAAUACAGCCAGUCAGACCUCAGGCUUCUCAACAACAAAUGCCAACCCAGGGAUCACCACCAACCCUACCACCUGAGGUCAAAUUUGAGAGCAAGACAGCCCCAUCUACAGCAGAGAUUCCUGCUCCAUACUUCCCCAUCCCAAUCAUUCAUGCAGAUAAAGAUACUAAGCCACCUCCACAGCAACCACCUACCACAGCAGAGAGUGUUGAGAAAAAAAUUCCUUGCCCUGCUAAAGCUGCUCCUCUAGAACAAAGGGCUGUCCCACAGGAACAUGAACAAAGGGCUGUCCUGCAAGAACAUGAACCACAGAAGACUCCAGAAGUGGAAGAACCUCAGAAGCACCCAGGCGUCUUGAAAGUAGAAGCUAUUCUAAACAGAGUACAAUCACUGGAGCAGGCUGUUGAUUCCUUUGAAGGGAAGAAAAAUGACAAAAAAUAUCUAAUGAUCGAAGAGUAUUUGACCAAAGAGUUGCUAGCCUUGGACUCGGUGGAUCCCGAGGGGCGUGCAGAUGUUCGUCAAGUCAGGAGAGACGGUGUAAGAAAAGUCCAGAAUAUAUUGGAAAGACUUGAACAGAAAGCAGAAGAUGUCCCAGAGCCUGUUCAAGUGGAGAGACUUCAGCAAUCUUUACCCGAGAAGAAUAAACCACAGCCACAGGAAACAAUGGAUAUUGAUCCUACUUUGCAAAACCUUACUAAGGAUAUAAGUAAUGAGAAUGCCAAGGAGCCAAUCAAAAUAGAUCAAUCUGGAUGUAAGGAAGGAGUAGUUACUAAUCUUGCCAAAGAAACAAACACAUCUGAAACCAUGACUGAACCAUAGCCACAGAUGAAAGUUAAAGUCCUCAGACUCUAAGUUAAAGUGUGUGUUAAAUGAAUUGCAUGCAUUUCAGGAGCUUUGCAUCAAUUGGUUUUUAAUCAACAUUGCAGCUUGGGACACUGUAAACACUCAGGUGGGGCAAGUGUGGGGGGAGCAUAAGGAAAACAAUACAAUACAUUUAGCCUAUCUUCUGUAUACUGCUCAGAGGACAUGUUUGAGGAAUAUCUUGUAAAAGGAUUGCUUCUAAACCAACUCCACUGAAAAAUGCCAAUACUGGCAAAUGAAGUGACUUCUAUAAAGUCAUUACCCGACUGCAUCAGAAUUACAAAUACUUUUUUUUUAAAGGACACUCCUAAGGAAAAUUGGUUUUCACUAUUAGACACUUUAAGUAUUGAUGCCUGGAAAGCGUGUUAAGAAAUAAUAGAGAUAUUUAUAUGUGUUGAACUUCAGUGCUAUAUUUUAAAUGGGAAAUGAAAUAAAACAACACUAUAGAAACCUGA